AUGCCCUCGUUCACGACCGCCCUUCCAUUCUCACCUGCCGAGCUCGCAUAUCUGCACACUUCUCUCUCUUCCAUUCCUCCAUUGCGACCAGAUGCCCGUCAAUUGUCCACAGACUUUCGACCUCUCCGUGCUGAAACUGGCAUCCUACCAUCCGUCAAUGGCAGCGCGCAUGUCGGCUUCAGUGAUGGCAGGGAGGCCAUAGUUGGUGUGAAGUUGGAAGUUGAAAAGACAGCGGGGACUAGUCGAGGGCCCGAACCGGAUGGAGACGCCAUGGACGUGGACGCGGAAGAGUCAACAUCAAUACCAGCUCACAGACGGGCCAAGGGCCCUUCCGAAUGGGUGACACUCACGCUGACGCUCCCCGGUCUACGAGACGAUGACACCAAUUUGAUAUACUUGGAAGAGAUGCUCCGGGAGCCCCUGGUUGUGGCCUCUACUUCCCCAGAUCGGACGGAUCAGCCCUCGCCUACAUUGCUAGACAAGCUCAUCAUCAAUACACGUUGGCACUGGCGUAUCUACAUCGAUGUGCUCUUGAUUUCCCCCAACGGACUGGCCAGCUAUCCCCUGCCUCUUUUGAGCAUGGCAACCCAUCUUGCUUUGCGAGACACCAGGAUCCCAAAGUUGAAAAGCGAGGGAGAAGAAGACCCCAUUGCAGACGACGACUGGAUGGCCAGCACAUACCUGUAUCAACGAGAUGUCGCAUCCGCCGCGCGACCCCCGGUGACUCUGCUGGUUGUAGCUGUGGGUGAAAGUGUCCUCUUUGAUCCCAGCAGGGAAGAGCUGGCAGUUGCAGACAGUGUCGUUGCGGUCAGUGUCGGGAGCGAUAGCGGCGAGGAGACCGACAUCCUGAAGCUACUGGCGAUUCGCAUGAUCGACACUCCUGCGAGAGAUACCAUGAAGGGCGUGCCCCAAUCCGGUGAACCUCCAGAAGGAGUUGAUGUUCCCGGUGUCUGGAAGCCUCGGUUGGGAGGCAUCAAGAGGAGCACCCUCAAGGCUGUGGUCCAAGCUGUUUUUGCUGGUGGUGUUGCUCGCGAUGUGUUGACUGGGCUUGACGGCUUUUUGAGUGUCGAAACUGGUGCUAGUGUCGGAUGA